GAAACCGAGAUUGCUGUCGACUGCAACCAUUUGCUAUGGAACUACAAGCUGAACCUGACAAUGGAUCCCAAGUUUGAGUCUGUGGCCAUGGACAUCUGCAAGAGUACUAUCACUGAGAUUAAGGAGUGUUCGGAGGAGGAGCGUGGUAAGGGUUACCUGGUGUCCUGCCUGGUGGAUCACCGUGGUAACAUCACAGAGUACCAGUGUCACCAGUACAUCACCAAGAUGACCUCUAUCAUCUUCUCAGACUACAGACUCAUCUGUGGCUUCAUGGACAAGUGUAGAGAGGACAUCAACACGCUACGCUGUGGAAGCAUCAACGUUGGAGAGAAGGACAUCCAUUCACAGGGUGAGGUCAUAGCGUGUCUGGAGAAAGCCUUAGUCCGAGAGGCGGAGCAACAGGACCAGGCUCAUCCAAUCAGAGAGGAGUGUAAGAAGAGCAUCAUGCGCGUAGCGGAGCUGUCGUCAGACGACUUCCACCUGGACAGAUUCCUGUACUUCUCCUGCCGAGAGGACCGAGAACGCUUCUGUGAAAACACCCAAGCAGGAGAGGGCAAGGUCUACAAGUGUCUCUUCAGCCACAAGUUUGAGGAGGCCAUGUCUGAGAAGUGUCGAGAGGCCCUGACUACGCGUCAGAAGCUGAUAACCCAGGACUACAAGGUUAGCUACUCUCUGACCAAGGCCUGUAAGGCCGACCUCAGGAAGCACCGCUGUAACCUGGACACCAACAUGCCCCGCGCUAGAGAGGCACGACUAUCAUAUCUGCUACUAUGCCUGGAGUCUGCUGUACACAGGGGUCGGACAGUGUCUGAGGACUGCCAGGGGGAGAUGUUGGAGUACCGGAGGAUGCUGAUAGAGGAUUUCUCUCUGAGUCCAGAAGUAGUGCUCCACUGUAGAGGGGAGAUCGAGACCCACUGCUCCGGACUCCACAGGAAGGGACGUACCCUCCAUUGUCUGAUGAGGGGGGGCCGUGGGGACAAGGGCAGCACAGUGGACGGACUCUGUCAGAGCGCGCUCCAGACCUUGAUCCAGUCAGCUGAUCCUGGAUCAGACUACAGGAUAGACCGGGCCCUGAACGAAGCCUGUGAGUCUGUUAUCCAGACGGCCUGCAAACACAUCCGCAGCGGGGACCCCAUGAUCCUGUCUUGCCUGAUGGAGCACCUGUAUACAGAGAAGAUGGUGGAGGACUGUGAACGCAGACUACUGGAGCUGCAGUACUUCAUCUCUAGAGACUGGAAGUAA